UGCUCCAGUUUUGCUCCAUCCUAAACCAAAAAAAAUGUCUCCCAAAUACUUGCUAGUCUUGUUGAUUGGAGUGGUGCUUCUCACCACUUACUCUCUUGCUGAUCACCACAAACCUCCCCACAAACCACCACACCACCCUCCUACAGCGGAGGAGUUGUCCCAGGAAGAAAAGACAUCAACCUUGGAUGGCGGAGAGCACAAGGGACACAAGCCGCCGCCAAAACACAAGCCACCAACCUCAGUCGAUGAGUCUCUUGAGGAGAACAAGCCAUACUCAGAAGCUAAAGACUCGCACAAGCACAAACCACCCUAUUACAACAGGCCACCGCACAAACCUCCAACGUCCGACUUGUUUUCAACCAUCAACAGACCAAAAAUGAGUACCAAAUACUGUCUAGUGUUGCUCCUCGGGGUAGUGCUUCUUAGCAGCACUGCCUCACUAGCUGACCACCAUGCAUAUGAGCCUUCUAAACAUGACCCCAAAUCUCCAAUUCACAAGCCCCCUUCUCCUCCUAAACACAAACCUCUCACUCCACUUGAUCACGGGGACAAGUCAUUUCCUGAACACAAGCCACCUCUCAAGGGCAAGGGAGAGAAGCCUCCACCAGAACACAAGCCACCACAUGAGGGUCACCCUGAACGCCAUUUAGCUGAAAAAUCAAGUUUGGAUGGCAAACCUCCUAAGAGAUCAGAAAAGCCUCCACCCCCGAAACACAAGCCACCAACCAGCUCACUUGACAAAGAAGAGAAGCCAUUCCCAGAACACAAACCACCUUUCAAGGGUAAAGGAUCAGAUAAACCUCCAUCAGAGCACAAGCCGCCACAUGAUCAUCACCCUGGACGCCGUUUAUUGGAGUCGUCUUCCCAUGAACAAAAUUCACCAAGUUUAGAUGGCAAGCCUCCCAAGGAAAAGGGAGAGAAGCCACCUCAUCAUCAUCACCCUGGACACCCUUCAAACGAGAAUGCCAAAGACUCCCACAACACACCUCAGAAGUUAAAGCCUCCAACAGCACCGGAAAAGAAGCCGCCUAGUCCCUCUCACAAGCCACCCCACAAACCUCCACCAGCGAACUGAAUGCAUGUUUAUAUACGUAGAAAUAAAUAAGAGCUGCAGCAUAUGCUACCUUUCAUGCCAGUCACUGUUCUAUACUUGAACAGUUACGUUCUAGCUUCUAGUUCUGGUAGUCUUGAUCUAUGUUCACGUUGUGUCCUCGUUUUAGUGUUUGAACUUUGAUUUGUAGUUUAUGAUCAUCGACAUGCAGUUAUGCGCU